AAGCCUUACGAUAAAUACGAAAAUGAACCAGCCAAAAACGAAAAUGAGCAACCAGGAGAGGAUGGUCCGGGGUGUGAAUGACCAGAUGGAAGUGUGUGUCCAGAUCCGAGGAAGUCCUUCCCAGAUUCGCGAGUUGUUUCAAGGUCGUUCAUCAACCGCAGCAAUUCAGCAAGGAACCACAGCCUAUUCAAUCUCUGGAUCAACCUGCUCUGCAAUUCCGCAAGGACCCACAGCCUAUUUAAUCUCUGGAUCAACCUGCUCUGGGGUGCAAUUCGCUGAAAUAGAGAGCGGAGCGAAACAUGAAGAGAUAUGUAAUGCGAAGCUGUGUUGCGGUGGUUGUUGUCUCAUAAUCUUUUCUCCGUUGGUAAAGAUAGCGGCUCUCUUAUCCGGUUUGUUAACUUGUUGUUGUUAGGCCGGACACUCAAUAUUUAGGCAGCUUGAGAGGCACUAUGCAUCUACGUUAACUUUCAUGUUGUAAUUAGGACAUUUGCUCGAUCUGAGUGGUUCUUAUUUUAUCAAGAAAUCUGAGUGGUUCUUAUUUAUCAAGA